CCCCAGUCCCUCCGCCAUGACACAUUCAAAAUACAGAAUACAGUACUAUAGAUGCAAUUAGACUGUAGCUGUCGUCAAGCUAUAGCCCGAAUAAAAAUCGACAACAAUACAAACUAAAAACUAAAAGCAACGGAGAAAGUAAAAUAAAAAAGAAACUCUAAAAGCAAAACCAUCCAGAUGACUCCGGACUCGGAAGGAUGGCGACAGUGGGUGCGCGAAAACUAGCCCCGGAGGCUCGUGAACCGGGACCUGGAGCUCGACGGCAUCACCCAGUAGAUGACCUCGGGCAGUCAGCGAGGCCAGGAACUCCCCUGAAGGCACGGCGCCGAGGAAAAGUCUGCCCGGAGGACUCCCCAGGCCUCGCCAUGUCCAGAUUCCUUGACGCCCACCACCAGGAUCUCGAGGACGAGUGCGGCUCCCUCGACGAGCUCCAGAACAUCCAGAGCGUGAUCAACGUCACCCGCCAGAACAUGGACGCCCUCACCAGCAAGUUUGCGAACUUUCUCCAGCCGCCGGCGAUCUACCUCCUGGAGUACUCCGAGCUCACCAGCAAGCUCCACGAGCUGGAGCUCAAGCAACAGCAGCUCGUUGACAAGCUCACCGCCGCUGGAUACCAGGAUGACGUUCUCGAGAGGUACAGGUGCCCCAGGACUCCUCUUAGGUCUCUUCUUCGCGCUCAUCUGCCCAAUCAGCAGCGCACCAGUGUUCAGGUAAAAGAAGGAAUGGCCCUGCGAGACGCUUUAGCAAAAGCGAUGAAGCUGCGCAAUCUGACCACAGAAAUGUGCGGCGUGUACAUAGUAGGCGCAAACGAUUCCAAGUACCCAAUCCCGUGGGACACGGACAUCUCCUCCCUGGAAUGCGACGAGAUAUCCGUAGAAAUCCUGGACAAGUUUCCAAUCACGACGUCAAUCAGCCACAACUUUGUCCGUAAGACCUUUUUCAGCUUGGCGUUCUGCGAGUGCUGUCGCAAGCUUCUGUUCCAGGGUUUCUACUGCCGAACGUGCAACUACCGGUUCCACCAACGAUGUGCCAACGGAGUUCCAGCUCUGUGCACCCAGUCCCGAAUGCAGGACGCGUAUUACCAAGCUCUGCUAGCUCACAACCCUGAGACAACCGCGGGAAUCUUGCAGCUUCCUUCAAGCUACGCACUGGCGCGUCACGCGCCCCUGGCUCCUCGGCGGCACCCAAGGACAUUAAACCAGCAGGACAGAAGUUCCUCAGCUCCUAACGUCUGCUGCAACAUGAUCAAGCCCUGCGACUCCGAAGACUUCCGUUCCCACCAGCGAACUUUGCUAUCCUCGGGGCCGAUUUCUCCCGGAAGCAGUCCUACGAAGCACAGCCAGUCGACCCAGGCCUCCCCGACGAAUACUUUGCGGCCCAAGCGGCCCCGAGCCAGGUCAGCUGAUGAAUCUUCCAAGAAUCUUCUGGCUCCCAGGGAGUCCAUCGAAGACUGGGAGAUUCCUGCUGAUGAAAUCCUGAUUGGGGCCAGGAUCGGCUCCGGCAGCUUCGGGACUGUUUACAAAGCCCACUGGCACGGCCCAGUCGCUGUCAAGACCCUGAACGUUAAGAUUCCGACCAACUCCCAGCUCCAGGCGUUCAAGAACGAGGUCGCUGUCCUAAGGAAGACCAGGCACGUCAAUGUCCUGCUGUUCAUGGGCUGCGUUAGCAAACCCCAGUUGGCGAUAGUCACUCAGUGGUGCGAGGGAUCUUCAUUGUACAAGAUGCUCCACGUGGACGAGACUGACCUUCCCUUCCAGACCCAAAUUGAGAUCGGUCGGCAAACCGCCCAGGGAAUGGACUACCUCCACGCGAAGAACAUCAUCCACCGGGAUCUCAAGAGCAACAAUAUUUUCCUCCACGACGACAUGACCGUCAAGAUCGGAGACUUUGGACUGGCCACUGCCAAGACCAGGUGGGCCGGGACUCAGCAGUUCAACCAGCCCACGGGGUCAAUUCUUUGGAUGGCGCCGGAGGUUAUCAGGAUGCAGGAGGAGAACCCCUAUAGCUUUCAGUCUGAUGUCUACGCUUUUGGGAUUGUCAUGUUCGAACUGUUUGCCGGACAACUGCCCUACAGCAACAACAGCAAGGACCAGAUCUUGUUCCUCGUUGGGUGUGGACGUCUUGUGCCUGAUCUUAAUAAACUGCGUGCGGACAUGCCCAAGGUUCUUAGAAGGCUAAUUGAGGAUUGCAUAAAAUUUUCCAGGGAAGACAGACCUAUCUUCAGGCAGAUCUUGGCGACCAUUGAAAGCCUAGUUCAGGGGCUGCCCAAGAUCACCAGGAGCAAAUCUGAGCCGAACCUUGGGUGCACUAAGGUCCAGUCUGAUGAUUUCUUGUAUAAUCCUUGCUCCAGUCCCAAGACUCCGGUCAAUUAUCAGUAUGGAGCUUUUCCCUUUUGUGGGGGGAAUAUUUAGUGUCUAGCCAGCUGGAGAUAAACCAGGGCUGAAAAUUAUCAGUGCGCAAUGUGCUCCUGGACUGUUAAGGGGCAAUAGUGCGGUUCUGAUUUAUCAAAAAAUAUUUAAGACUGUCUGAAGAUAGAUAGUAGUUUUAAAAAGGAUUUUAUGCUAUUGAGAAAUAGCAGGGAUUAUUUGUAAAUAUUUUAUUAAAGAGUGCGGGGAUUCGUCUCGGGACCACUCUAAUGGUUAAUGGCCUAAUUGUGUGGCGGACUCUAGUGGUAAUUUUGUUCAUUGAAGAUUGUCAUUUUUUGAGUAAGAUCAAGAUUUUUAAAUGAAAUUAUGGUGUCUUAUUUAUUAUUUAUUUAUGCGAUACGACUGAAUAGCUAAAUGUUUUAAAAUAAUAAUAAAUACGUGGAGAUACUUAAGUAUAAAUACUAUAUUAUAAAUAUAUUACAGUUGUCGAUAU